ACGCUGUCAGUUUGGCUCUUCGUGAAUUGGCAGUGGUCUCAUUUAGGACCUUCAAAUAUGUGUCUGCCUGGACAGAAUGAGAACAUUUUGCAUGUUCUUGAGAAGACAACCACUCCUUGCUGCCUCACAGUACUCAGUGGUGCAUGACAGUUGCCCUUCAUCGCUGUCUUCUUCGAACUUAACCUUUGACCGCCCACUUUGUUGCCGCGCAACGGUUGGAGCAGGCCAAGAUGUUCGUGAAUGACGGGCAUUGGCCUGCAACGUGCUUGUCAUUAUUUGACUGUCAAAAGUAGCCUGCCAUUGGGCUCCAUCAAGGUUUGAAACCUAUGUGCAGCAGUCCAUAUUACUUAACUUCCAAGACUGUCAACAGGAUGAUCAAAUGUGCAUAGAAAAUAAUAUCCUGGCUGAAAGCAAAAUGUUUUAAUCAAGCAAAGAAACUUCUGAAAGGAUUCUCAGGAUGGCAGGAGCCUUCUUCAAUUCUAGGUACUGCUAAAGCAAUUCCAUUGUAGAAGGGGGAGUAAUACAGCAUGUUAAGCCAGCAAAUAAGAACAAAGAAGAAAAAACUUCUUGAAGAACUUGGGGAGAAUAGACUUCCAUACCUGACACCAGCCGAUGCUGAUUUCCACCAGCUGUGGAAGACAAAGUAUUCCAAGCUGAUUUUCAGGAAAUCUGAUACAGUACCUGCAGAGCUCCAUCAAAUGGUGCAAGAAAGCUUUCUGACCUUGCGAGAACACAACUGUUUCUUUCAAGAUCUUGUAAGGAUCAAAGAGAAGGACUUUCUUACUCCAGUGUCUCGAAUAUUAAUUGGAAACCCAGGAUGCACUUAUAAGUACUUGAACACAAGAUUAUUUACAGUUCCUUGGCCUGCAGAAGGUUAUGAUAUAAAAUAUUGCAGUCCACAAAUGCAUGAUGCUUGUAAAGCAUUAAUGAGACUUAAUGACUAUUUGCAUAUUGAAGCGGUCAAGGCAUUACAAGGACAGAAUUUGUUUGAGACCAAAGAAAUUAAAGAUACUACUGUAAUAGAUAGGGAGCAAAGUUUUGCUACUUCUCUUACGGAAGAAGGGUCUGUUUCUAAAGAUCAGAGCAGUGUUUGUGUACCAGAGGAUGACAGAAGUCUAAAGAACAGAACAUCUUAUAACUUGACUUUAUUGAAUUAUAUGGAUCCACUACAAAUGCUGUACUUGAAACAAGAACCUUACUUUGGAAUGGGGAACAUGGCAGUGAGCUGGCACCAUGAUGAGAGUCUGGUGGAAAGGUCAACAGUGGCUGUGUACAGUUACAGCUGUGAAGAUUCAGCCGUACAAGAAAGCAGUGAGCAAGGAUUGAAGGGAAGAGACCCAGCUGUUUGGCAUGUUGGCUUGAAGGUAGCAUGGGACAUAGAGACACCUGGAUUGGCAGUACCACUUCACCAAGGAGACAUCUACUUGAUGCUUGAAACUCAUUUCAGUAAGGAGAGUUCUCUUACUGGCAUUAUGUUAGAAGCAGUGGCAGAAUGCAAGACAUCUAGAAAAGGGAGCAUGGGAGAGUCCUGCAGCUGGUGGUGGUUCACGUACAGGCACUGGUUGAUAGGACUGGGAGGAUUGGUUGUGAGCACCACUGACUCAUCCACCCUAGCACAAAAGUCAGCUUCUCUUGUAGAUGAUCUCAAUAUGACACAUCAGCACUGUGUUCUGGCUGGUUUAUCACCUCGGUUCAGCUCAACUCACAGGGUGGCAGAUUCUUCAAGAGGAACACUGGAAUACAUACUUGGACAGUGUGAACUGGCACUCCAGAAUUUACAGACAGAUUCUGAUUCAGCAGCUUGGUCUUUGAAAUCACUGGAAGCUGCAGUGGUGAAGCAAGUGGAAGAAAUACAUAAUGAGGUUGAGUUUGAGUGGCUUAGGCAGUUUUGGUUCCAAGGCAAGAGGUAUUUGAAGUGCACUGAUUGGUGGCUUAAGCCUAUGGCUAAACUGGAAGAAUUUUGGAGAAAACUGGAGAUUAUGACAAGUCUGGUCCUCUCUGAAGUUAGAAAAGAGCAGCAAAUUGAGGAACAAAGGAAUGAGACCAUCAGCUGCUUCCUGCUCCUUCUUAAGGAGAGACAAAAGCUGCGUAAAGAAUGGACAGCAAGAUGCCAGUCAGAUGCAGCAGAAAGCUUGCCAGAAGACCAGAAACCAGAAUGCCAUCCCUUCUGGACAGAUGAUGAUGAAUGUAGUAUGCCUCUGCCAUAUGAUCUAGAAGAAGUAAUUGCUUAUCUACAAAAUCUUGUUCAAUGGAUAGAAUAACAAGUGACCUUCCAGCCCAGAAUUAUUGAUGCUGGUCAUCUUGGGAGAAGCUUUGUCAUUAUCAUAAAUCUUUUCAGCUUUAUGAUUCCUUUAUCAUAUGUUAUUUUAUGUGUCAAUGCAGAUUUUACCAGUCUUUACACAGUAGUUUCAUUACUGUCUCAUAAUAAAAAAGACGAGCCCCCAGA